AUGGAUCACGCGGUGAAGGCUAUGUCCGACCGGGGACCGGUGGCGAGGCUUUUUACUCGCCGUCGCUUCGAAUCCGUCGAGUUAGAGGAACUCUACGCUCGGUACGCUUGUAAACUCCAGCGUACAUCUGUGGGAUAUGCUCUCGCGCUGUGGGCUGUCCUGGCCGCGGCACUGGCUGCAGUUGAUGCUACACGAGGCUGGAGACGAGCACCUCAGGUUGGCGUCCUUAGUGCUCAUGCAGUACUCUGCGCCGGUCUGGCUUGGUGGUGUGGUCGUUCUGGGGGUGUGACUCCUGAGCGUCGCUUGCCUCGUGCUUGCUGGCUGGCUCUGGCUGGUGGUGGAACAGCUUUGGCAGCAACGUUGCCAGUAUGGAGCCCUGGCUCGGCGGCAGAGGGCGCUGUCCACGUGGUGUGGGCCGUGUUCGCCGCUUAUGCUCUUCUUCCUGUGGGCGCGCCGGUUGCAGCAGCUUUUGGUUUACUGUUGCCGAUAGCACACACCAUUGCUGCCGCCCUAGUUGCUCAUCGAUUUCCAUACCACAUAUGGCAGCAGAUGGUGGGUAACGUAGCGGUGUUCAUUUGCGUGAACGUGGUAGGUGCUUUGAUGCACUCUCUCAUGGAGACAGCACAGCGGAGAGCUUUCCUCGAUACAAGGAACUGCAUCGCCGCCAGACUUGACAUGGAAGAUGAGAAUGAAAAACUGGAGAGGUUACUGCUCUCAGUACUGCCACAGCACGUCGCGGUCGAGAUGAAAAACGAUAUAAUAUCACCAGUAGAAGGACAGUUCCACAAGAUCUACAUACAGAAUCAUGAGCAAGUCAGUAUUUUAUUUGCGGACAUCGUCGGUUUCACGGUAUUGGCGUCGCAGUGCAGUGCUCAGGAGUUGGUGAGGCUUCUCAACGAACUCUUCGGCAGAUUCGAUCAACUUGCCAAUGAUAAUCACUGUCUCCGCAUCAAAAUCCUGGGUGACUGUUACUACUGCGUGUCCGGGUUGCCAGAGCCUCGGUCCGAUCACGCUCGCUGCACCGUCGAAAUGGGAUUAGAUAUGAUAGACGCCAUCGCUUCUGUGGUGGAAGCGACAGACGUCCAAUUGAAUAUGCGAGUUGGUAUUCACACUGGGCGGGUGCUCUGCGGCGUGCUUGGUCUACGGAAAUGGCAGUACGAUGUUUGGUCCAAUGACGUCACGCUCGCAAACAAUAUGGAGGCCGGAGGGGAGCCGGGCCGAGUUCAUAUAACGCAAGCGACUCUAGAAUGUCUCGGCGGCGCUUACGAAGUGGAACCAGGCCAUGGAGCCAGUCGGAACGCGUAUCUACGUGAUCAUUCCGUACAGACGUAUUUCAUCAUCCCUCCUCCACGACGGAGAAAAAUGUGCCUGUCUGCUGGUGUUGGUUUGGGCUCAGGGUCUCGUCGCAAGCUGUCUUUUAAGAACGUUUCCAACGUAGUGGUCCAGCUGUUACAUUCUAUCAAGUUCAAUGUAGAUGUACCCUUUUCGAACAUGGCCGCCUCGCCACAGGAGCUAAAGGCAAACGCUGCUAGGAAGGUGCUGGACCUGCGGAGAGCGCUGCACGCGGAGCCUGGCUCGGCGGAGGCGCUGCGGCUGGCUGCUCUGCGCGGCGACCACAAUAAGGUAACGGAGAAAUUCAAGCGGCCGCUGAAAAAGCGUCAUUCGUCUGUUUACCACCAGCCCACUAACCGCGUCAAUAAGUAUCUCGCGCAAGCCAUCGACGCGAGAUCCGUGCACCGCGAGAAGGCUACCCACGUUCAUCUCCUCACGCUUUGUUUCAAAGAAGGGAGUGACAAGGAAGCACAAUAUCGGGCUUCAACUGACGGUGGUUGGGCGGGGUCCCUUAGUGCGGCCCUCGGAGCGUUAGCCGCUGCAGGCGCGCUCCAAGCUGCAAUACUUCCUCGAACCACCAUACUUCUUCUCCUAUUUGUGACAGCGUUCGCUUGGUCCGCCGCCGUCCUGGCUCUUACUCUUGCCGCUCGACUGAGACUCAUACCUUGCGACGUAUCCAGACCUUUCGCUCUCAGGAAUGCUAUAACUACUUUCACCAUCGUUCUUGGUUACGCUGUUGGACAAGUUAACGUCAUAACGUGCCGUGAGAUCGAAGUUUGUAAAAAGAUAUCAGAGAAUACGACCACGAUGGAGGAAGUAAGAUCUGCUACCGGCGAUGUCGCAGCUGCUCUAUGGAGUAGUAACGAUCAUUUAGCGUGUCCCAUACCUUUGUAUAUAACGCUUGGUUGCUGUCUCAGUAUGCUGACCGUGGCUGUGUUUCUACGCUUACCGAUUUUGGUGAAAGGAAUACUUCUAGCUGUUAUGACAGCCGGAUACGUAGCUGUUAUAUUGGGAUUUCAUAGAGACCUCUUCGACUGUUACGAUCUCAUGACGGAUACUGGUCCAAUAUCAUCGUCAUAUUCUUCGUGCGCGUGGACGGUGGCGCUGGCGCUUGCCGUGUUGCUUCACGCUCGUCAGACCGAGUGGACUGCCAGGCUUGACUUCUUGUGGCAGGUCCAGGCGAGAGAUGAAAAGAGAGAAAUGGAUGCAUUGCAGGCAUCGAACAGAAGGAUAUUAUUUAAUUUACUGCCAGCUCACGUUGCGACGCAUUUCUUGGACAACCAAUUCAGAACAAAUAUGGAUCUGUACCAUCAAUCGUAUCAGCGUGUGGGAGUGGUCUUCGCUUCAAUCACCAACUACCAUGAGUUCUACAUGGAGUUAGAUGGAAACAAUCAAGGCAUGGAGUGUUUAAGGCUCCUUAAUGAGAUCAUAGCUGAUUUCGACGAGUUAUUAGGAGAAGAUCGUUUCGGUGCCAUUGAUAAAAUUAAAACGGUUGGAUCGACUUACAUGGCUGCUGUCGGGCUCAUACCAGACAAGAAAAUGACCGACGACGCGAGCACACGGAAACAUAUGGCCAACUUAGUUGAAUUUGUGUUCUCAAUGAGAGACAAACUGAAAGAUAUAAACGACAAUUCCUACAAUAAUUUUAUGCUUCGUGUUGGUAUAAACGUAGGACCGGUGGUAGCUGGAGUUAUCGGUGCUAGAAAACCUCAGUAUGAUAUCUGGGGUAAUACAGUUAAUGUAGCCUCUCGGAUGGAUUCUACUGGGCUACCGAACCACACUCAAGUUACCGAGGAGGUAUAUCAGGUGUUGAAGGACAUGCCUUAUCAAUUUGUAUGCAGAGGAAAAGUAAAAGUCAAGGGAAAGGGCGAAAUGACUACUUAUUUCUUGACUGACAGAGCACCUUCUAACGGAAAUCUGCACAAUCCGUCUAAUGGUCAACCACAAAAUCCACCUACAGCUUAUGGUGGCGUAGCAACACCUCUAGCGAUGUUACAAAACUCAGCACGAAGAACGGCUACUCAACCAUCUAGACUCCCUCCCGUUCGAGAAGCCUCGGUAGCGGGUGAGAACGAACCACUGCUGCCAUCCAAUGGCUAUCAUAAUGGCAACAAUCAUAAAGGCAGCAAAGGGCGAAGGAAUAAAGAGUCCGAAGAUACACCACCUCCCCCGCCUCCUCAUGGAAUAAAUGGAAAUCCUCGUUGGCCUCCUCCUAGAGCGUUAGUACCACCUUGGCCAAGACCGCAAGAGACGCGACCUCCGGCCGUACAUAAGAGAAGGCCUCCCGCGAGACUUCCUAGACCACGGUCUAGUGAAAGCCUACCUUUAGCCAGAAGUCCGAGGGUGCACUCUUCUGCUGAUGAAUUGAGUUCACUUACCCGUUCCCCUAGUCUUAGCUCCUCAGAUGAAAGUUAUUCGCGAACAACUGACGCCUCUCCUUCCCCUCCACGACCUACCCCAUGGCUGCCACCUCAUCGACCUCAACGAAAUGAUCCUAACCCCUCAUACGACUAUCCACCCGUCCGUUUAAACAAACCCACUCCGAACUUUAUUAAUGAAAUUUAUGCGAAACAUAAAUUAAAUAAAAAACCGUCACUGGACGAUAAAAUAUUAGACGGGAACUUCGGUUUUCAAAAAGAAGAGGAGAAAUUGCAGAGAAGCAUAAUAAAUAUGCUUCAAGCAUCCGUUAAAAGAGACAGUUGUAGUCAGACUGAUAAGAAGGAUGUACCUCAUCGAUUUACCCAAAGAACUAGUUCAUUCUCAAGUUCAGGCAGUAGACCGAAUAAUUUGAAACAUUUGAAUCACGAUAGCAGAGAAGUAUUCACUAAAAGAAGUCCAUCGGAUGUGGCAUGCGUCCCGCCAUUUGAAAGAGAGAUUCAAAGACUGCUCGAAGAUAAAAAUCUCAUUAAAUUAAAUUCACCCAAAUCGGAGAGGAAGGAAUUGAAACUAGAAUUAAGGUCACCUCAUUCUUCAAUGGAGCUUCGAAAUAACAAUAAUAACAGUAGUCCACUACAUGCGGUUGGUUUGGCGGCUAUUACUCAGCUGGUUCGUCGUGAGCCGAGUCCCGCCCGACCGCGCCCUCCCCCCUCGCGACCCUCCCCUCUCAAACCCUCCGCGGACUUCCCCGGAGUCCUACCCACAGAUGUCAUCGUAGAACUACCUUCGCCUACGCAUAAAGCGGAACAGAAUACCGGUGUGCAAGGUUCUAGAAGUUCGGAGAUGACAUCUUCCAAAGAUAAACAGGAGAAGGAAGUACAGGAUAGACUUAGUCGGAUUGCUACCACCAAUCAUAGAGAAAUGGGCAUGUACGGGGAGAGUCAGUCAGAAUGGAGUUCAUCAUGUUCGGAGGGAGAGGGUGAGGGAGACGGGGGUCAGCCGGAGAGCACGGGUUAUACUACUGACGACCCCGCACUAGAGAAUGUAUCCAUGUUGAACGAGGCCGGACUGACUGACGCGGAGGCGGCCCUCAGCGAUGUGAACUCUUGCUACUUGGACCGUGACGAUGACGUGUCCUCCCGCGCCUCCUCUCGUCUUCUCGACUCCGAGGCGCUAGUGUCGCUUGAGUCUCUCAGCGCCAUCUAUGAUUCAGACGAGCCGGCUCACCGCUAUCUCGCCAAUAUUCGCACCGUCAGCGAAUCCAUUACAAGGAACUUCGGCCAGCCCGCUCACGUCACUGACGAGAGCGACGUCUAA